GCAAAUCUAAAGAUCAGCAAGGGGCAAGCAGUGAUCCUGGUGCUGGGAGUGAAGCUUCAGGUUCAAGCAAAGGAGUUUCCCAUGACCAAGGUAUAGACCUGUGUUUUAUAUAGUGAUUAAAAUCGCAAAAAUGUAUUGCAUCUUGAGAAUUUAUGGGGAACCUCUCUACUCUGGCCACCUUGAGGAUAGCCCUUAAAUGCAAUAGCCAGUGUUCUGCCUGUGUAAUGCAAAUGAUUGGUGGUCCACAUUAUUUUGUAAUUGAGCCGCUGCAAAUCAUUAGCCAGUGUAUAGAAUAAUUAAUCUGAUACUUGUGACACCUUGAGACCCUGUUUUUAAAAUCUAAGAUUGUGACUUUGUGUUUUUAUCAAAUCCGAGAAUGAUACUUAGCGACUCCUCAAGAAAAUUCUAGCCUGAGACUGAAACCCUUAAAGAGCUGUAACGUUUUAAGACAACAAUUAAUUUUGUUAAAAGUUCAAAACAUUAUCAACAUGCAUGGUCAAACAGCUUAGGCUGUGAGCAUGAGUCUGGUGUUUUUCUUAUCAAGUGUUAACUUUUGAAUUUGACCACUUUGUUUGCAAAUAAUGUGCUCUCUGGGACUCCAAUGGGCUGUAAAGUCGACAGAUAUGUGGCAUAUUUAUAGAGGUCACAGUUAACAGAAAUAGCUUAAGAAACGGUCCAGAUAAGAACGAUAGCAACAACGGCAACGAACAUGUUGGAAUGCAAAAAAGGUGCUAACUUUUCUAUUUUCUGUACUUACUUCUGAUUGGCUUAAACGGCAAAAGUUAACAAAACUUCAUAAAGCAGUACAUAUAUUCAAUUAAAUUCAUAUUAUCACAUGCUCAUCACGCACAUGUGCUCCUCUUUAUGCCAAUAUACUGUCCUUUAAUUCCCAGCCAGUUCUCUUAAACGGUUUUGAUUCAUUCACAACAGUAACUUUCCUUCCCACCCUUUUGACCGGAACCUUUGUUUUGCUCUUUUCUUUACUCUUUAAGUUUACUUAUAAUCCCUGUAUUUUGCACAACCAGAUUGUAUAUCCAGCAGAUUAUUUAUUUCUGAUCAACCCAUCUCAACAUAUCUAUCUACCUAUAAAGUAAAUAUUAAUCGAGCAUUAUGAUAUUGUAUUUGGACAAGAUAUUGCAUUCCUUCAUUUCUUCCAGGAGGGCUAGCUAAUCUCUAGAUAUCCUGGCCCCCUUACCCCCUAGCUUUCAGAACUUCCCUGCCACCAGUAUUUUGCCCAUAACUUUCUUGUGUGCAUUCUGUGUGGUAUACCGCGUAAAACCACAAUGCGAAACCAUCCACCGAUCGAAAGAGUUUAUUAAAUAAAAUUUAUUUAAAUAAAUAAAUGUUACUGUAUAUAAACCUCAAUAGUUAAACUUGAGAGUUUUACAGAAGACUUCAAUACCUGAAUUGUCAAAACUUGAGAGUCCAAGAUGGUCAAAAUCAUAAGUGAGUUCCAGAUUCUCAGACUGCAAUAAUUUAUUCUAAAUGCCAAGAAGCUAAGACUCAAUUAAAAUUUUGUGAGAUACUACAGACCAUUUUAGUAUAUGCUUAAACAGUGGAUAGUGUUUUUCGUGCGCUCUGAUAAUGGCUACUCAAAGUCAGGAUAUCCAGUGCUAUUCAGAUCACUGCUUCACCUCCAUCUCCUCUGCGUGAGCGAUGCCAAACUCGCAUAAGUUACAAGCAAUGGUUUCCUGGUUUGCUGCUGUAACAAACAAAGAAAUUUCACAAAUUAUAUCAAACAAGCUGUUCUCGAAUUACACAAAGGUUAUGAAAGUCGGUUUGGAAGUUUUAACAGGUAAAACGUUUUCUGUUUGACUUGAAUUUGUCGAUGAAACCGGCGAAAAAGUCUUUUGUUUACAAAUACAAAUUAAGUCUUGCAUUAAUUUAUUUAGCUGACAUAUUCAUAAAUAAACUUAAAACUAAAUAUUUAAUAGUUUUUUAGAGAUAAUUUGGUUUCAUAACUCCCUCUGAAGAAAUUUCCCCACAAUAGCUAAGCAAAUAACUUCAAAAGUUUUAUUUGUCAGCAGGAAAACACGACAGCCAUUCGGUCAUUUGCAUGCUAAAAUUGUAAUCGUAGGUAGCAGUAAAUGAGUUAAAAACCAUCAUUUUUUUGCUCGAUUAUCUCACUGACUAAAACAAUUAUUCACCUCAAUGUCAGUGGCUAGUGGGGAUUAUAUUUACCGAGCCGCAAAGCUGAGCUUCUUAACCAAUCAUCUGACUAGCCAUCUCCACUUCAGUGAAUAAUAAUUGUUAUCUUGGCCCAUAUUUGAGAUUUAAUUUGUACUUCUAAAAGCUUCCAAGCUGCUGUCCAAUCUCCUCGGAGGCUGGAGAGAAUAUAGUAAGCGCAUGGGGAUACCCUGUGCUGAGGCCGGAAGGGCAGCCAAUUAUUUUUCUUUUUUUAGAAUUAAAGGACACAGGACAGACCAGGUCACCCUUUCACAACUAACCAGUUCUGAUCAGGCACACAUUAUAUUAGCUUUUAAUUUCUUGUUAAUCUCCCUCCUUUUAUUUUUACUGAAAAACAGUUAUGGCAUUUAUAGAUAAAUCAUUUUUUAUUUUUUACACUUUUAAAUAUUUCGAGCAACAGCAAUUUGCCAUCUGUCCUCUUUAAAUUAUAUUAAUAAAUUAGAAAUUAAAGUAAGUCUAUAAAUGUCUAAUAUGAUGGUGAAACCUGAAAAUUGGACGGAUAAUUACACAGAUAAUCGUUUCUAAUAGAGUUCCAAAAACAGUCACUUUCAAAACGAGGCCAAGUGCAAAGCCUUUGUUAUAAAAUGAGUUUUAUUUGCAUAAGAAUGAAAAAUCAUUUUCAUAUCUGCAGUGGCUUUGCACUUCACCUCACUUUAAAACAGAGGCUUGAAGCAACUCGGAAAUGGCCAGGUUUAUUAGAAAUGACUGAAUUUUUUUGUUUUGUUUUUAUUAUUAAUAAUAAAUUGUUUGUUUGUUUUAUUGUUCUUCAGGCAAAUCUAGAGAUGAGCAAGGCGCAAGCAGUGAUUCUGCAGGUACUGGGAGAGAAACUUCAGGUUCAGGCAAAAGAGUUCUCAAUGACCAAGGUAGAGACCUGUGUUUCUUUAUGUGUGAUUAAAUUCACAAAAAGGUCCUAUCUUAAGAAUUUACUAUGACGACAGAGCGAAGUGAUCGUUGCAUCAAAGGAGGUUAAAACAAUCACUGGGACCACAGGUAACUCAGGUUCUUUCAUAGCACCACAGUAUGAAUCCUGUAAAAUUUCUGUGUUUGUGUGGGGUAAAGGUACGAUCCUAAAAUCUAUGAAAAUUACUCUGCAGUUAUUUGUUUUUGUCCUUAAAACCCACAUAAAGGUUUGUGAUAAUAUAGGUCAUAAUAGAUGAAUGAAUCCAGCAGACUAGGUGAAACUCUAAGAAGAGAAGCCAAAAUGGCCUGGGCACCGUACAAAAUCACCUUCAUCUUGGGUUCCCUUGGUGGCCUCCUGGAUAUCACUGGCCCAAAAUAAACCUUCAGCAGAGGAAAGAUUUGCUUGUGGGCUAUUGUUCCCAUAAGCCAAUCAAAAAUUGCCAAAGAAGAAUAUGACGAAACGUUGUGUAAGCAUUAAGGACAACAAGAACUAAUGGCAGAGUGGGUUUCAUUGACUUUUCGUAAUAAGUAUUUCUUACAAAUUUUAGGAUAGCAGCUUAAUCCCUUACAAACACUGUAAUUUUGUAGGAUUUGUACUGAGGUACUAUAAGAGAGCCUGGGUUACUUGUGCCCAGACACAAAACAGGGCAGGUCAUAACGAGGUUAUGGAGGAUUUCAGACAGGGGUUAAUGUUUAACCUUGAGUCCACUAAAGGACUCAGGUGUUGUGGCGAUGAAACCAGUAUGUGAAGUCAGAGAGGUCAGAGGAAACAGUGUAGGGGUCUUAAUUUCCUAAGCAAGGGGAAAGGGGAGGCACUAGCUGGCCAAGGAAUUCUGUUUACAAAUGCUACUUUGUGAUCCAAAAAGAUGCAGAUGGGUUUAAAAAUGGAAAUGAUGGCAUAGGCGAGUAAAAGAGUGUAAGUCUAUCCAUGUGGCCACUAUAUAUAUUAUCAUUAAUAUUUCCCCAUGUAAUAUUUAUUUGUUCAUUAUUAUUUUUUAUACUAAAGGAUGGUCUGCAAACAUUUAAUGAAGUGUUUAGAAUCUUUGGGUUAUCAACAAACGUUUUUGGGACUAGAAUACUUCUAGGAAUCCUGGGAAGUCUUUGGACUACUUCGUAAUUAAAACAUUCUGAAGUCUUAGUUGUUGCUUAUUUUUGACAAGAGAUUUUUCUGACCAGUGGCAAUCUCUGUUUUCCCAACAUUGAUUGAUUUAUUGCUGAUUUUUUAAUUUUUAGCUUUUAUUUAUCUUGCGUUUGUAUUCUAGGGUGUUUCAGAGGGUUCCAGGUCUGCCCAGGGAUCAAUCAGGGGUAUUCCAGGGUGUUUUGAGGGUGUUCCAUGGGUGUUCUGGGCCUGUGCAGAGUUUUACAGAUACCCCAUCCGAAACACCAUUUCAAUGUAGCACAUGUGGAUGGCCAUUACACAGUAGUAGCUUACCUCUCACAUGGGUUAAGUUGGGAUCUUAGUUUUCGGAAUUUCCUUUAUGCUAAUUACAAAAAUUAAGACCCCAUCAGCAGAUUAACAAGAAUUCAACAUAGAACAAAUUCCUUCUGUUUAUUGUGAAUAUGAAACCAGUUGAAAUGCCUUACAGCUCAUUUCAUUGCUAUGUAUACACCCGGAUUUUCAGACAUGAUUCGACGGUCAUGAUUCGACCUGUCAUGAUUCGACACUAAUCACGUGACGUGUCGCUUCGCAGUCUGCCAUGAGAUCCGAAACAGUGAGAGAAAAAUCUGGCCGGCAAGGAAAGCUUAGCACUCAGGAAGGACAUAAGUGUAACGAAGCUAGAAUCCCGACAAAUGCGUUUUACCUGAAGAGGAAAGCUUGGUUGCCUGUGAUCAUGUGAUCAGGUGAUAAACCUGGAGUUCGAUUACCGAGUUCGAAUGUAUUUCUGUAGGCGAUUUCAUAAUGGAAGAAAUAUCAUCAAUACUGCGAAAAGCGAAAUAGUCCGAUGGUUUAUUGUUUAGUCUUCUUCCGUAUAACAAGGUUUCGGUAUUUUGCCGUUGGUGAAUACCACCCGCAAUUUACAUGUAACAGUGGUGCAAAUUUAGUUAACAGGGAGGCAAAUUUGUAUUUCUUCAAGUUGGUACCUUUUCGUCCUUACUUAGCUUCUGCAUGGUUAAAAAAUAACAGGAAAACUUGGCGUUUUGCAGAAGAAAACAACAGAUAAAUUGUCAGUCUGCCGUUGUGAAAGAAUUUGCUGGAGAGUUCAAAAGUUUUGUUUUGUCGACCAUUGAAAAAUAUCACAAUGUUGGUCCUCGACCUAUGACCCUAGUGAGCACAAAUAAAGAAAACCAUACAAAAAAGAAAGCAACAUUUUUUUUCAUUGAAAAAGGAUAAAAUAUGAUAUUUCUUUAAAGAUCAAGGUAGAAGCCCAAAAAAAGUUGAGAAAAGAACCGAAAAACUUAUUGAUCGAGACGUCCACACGCCCGAUGACAUGUAUUGCGAUUAGACUGCGUGACUUGUAUGAGAGGCUGUUAUCUGAAAAGGAGAACAAAUUAUGGAUCACAGUCCUCUUUUUCUGAAUUACAAGAGAAACAUUCAAGUAACUUUCAGAUUGUGUGCUUUGAUUCCUGUAGGAUAUUCAAGGUAAAAUACUGUAAUGCUUGGUAACCUCGCGGUCGAAUCAUGGCGGUCGAAUCAUGACCGUCGAAUCAUGUCUAAAAAUCAGGGUGUAUACACAGCACUGAAAUCAGCUGUAAUAAUUUUUAUAAACUAGCUAGGUAGCCUGGGCGCAGGCUCGCACAUAAAAAAGUAAGCUGGCCAUAGUGGGGUAACAGUAGGGUGAUAGGGAAAUAGUGCCCCUCUUUCCCCUCCUCAAUGCCCGCCCCCCACCCCCAGUUUACCACACUCAUCUAAUGCUAUUCGCCCUAAUUCACUCUCACUAGCUACAGAGCCUGGCCGCAGCUCAGGCCACGAACUAGGCAUGAAUUUUGCCAAAAUAAUGAGUUAUAAAUUUUACAAGGAGCGAUUUAACAUGUAAUGAUUAAAUGUUUUUGUUUGUUAUUUUCUUUUAAGGCAAAUCUAAAGAUCAGCAAGGGGCAAGCAGUGAUCCUGGUGCUGGGAGUGAAGCUUCAGGUUCAAGCAAAGGAGUUUCCCAUGACCAAGGUAUAG